UCACCUUCUGGUCUUUGUACUGUUCCCACUUGUCUGGUUUUUGUUUUUGUUUUUUUUGGUUAAAUUUUAUUUGCAUAAUUGGAUCCGAUUUUGAUCUUCCGUGACCCGUGGAUUCCGCCCGUGAUUUUUGUGGCGGAGCCGCCAUUGUUAUUUCUUUGCGUUUUUGAAUUUUUUUUUCUAAUGCUACAGUUUUUAUCUCCCACUGUUCGAUUAUAAAAAUAUUUUAUUAUUUUUUAAUUUGUCUCCUGGGUUUUGGUUUUCUUCUUUCUGUUGAUGGAAGUUAAUGCGACGGGUACAUGUAUUUAAUGUUUUGGCUUUUAGAAUAGGCGUAGUAUACUUUCCGCGUCGGUCCGCCAUAAAUUUUCUGUGCUGGAUUUCAGUUUGAUGGUCCAUAUUGUGGGCUCACAUGUACAGUUUACUAUCAUAUUCAUUCGCCAUAGUUGAUUUCUACAUAACUGUUUUAAAAGAGUUGCGGUGAGCACGGGAAGAAGAUUUGAUUUCUGCUUGGACUGCUUUCUCCAGUAGUGGUAAAGAUACCCAUAAAAGGUGGUCUCAAAAGUGUGAAGAUUUGAGAGAGGAACUGCUCUGCAUCAGCUAAAAUAUUUGUUGAGGUCAAUUAAGUUCGGUGUUGUGGACUGGUUGAUAGUUUUGGUUGAAAUGGACUUGAAUUCAAAGCUUACAUCGCCCGUUCUGGCUGAUACGGCCCCUGUAAGCGCCUCGAGGCUAGGCAUAAAAUCUUUGGUGCCAUAUUCUCCAGCUGGUACAACUUUCUCUCCCGCACUCUUUCUUACACUCCCAAGGAAGAAGUCCGGGAAACUCGAUGACUUGCGGACAUCAAACACUUGGUUGGAUGCUAUGAAAUCAUCCUCUCCUACUCACAAUAAAAGAAAUAAAGAUUCUGGUGCUGAUCAAACAUCAACUGAGAACGAUGUUGCCUACCAGAAUUGGAUGCUCAAGUACCCCUCCGCACUUACAUCGUUUGAGCAAAUAAAAAAGUCUGCUAAAGGAAAGAGAGUAGUAUUAUUUCUGGAUUAUGAUGGAACUUUAUCACCAAUUGUUGACGAUCCAGAUCGUGCCUUCAUGUCAAAUGCGAUGUGUGCUGCUGUAAAAAAUGCUGCAAAAUGUUUUCCAACCGCUAUUAUUAGCGGGAGAAGCCGUGAUAAGGUAUACGAUUUUGUAGGACUAACAGAGCUUUAUUAUGCCGGUAGUCAUGGGAUGGAUAUUAUGACUCCCAUUCUGUCAGAUCCCAAUGACUCUAAGUACACUAGGGCAACUGACAAGCAGGGCAAGGAAGUUAACUUAUUCCAGCCUGCGAGAGAGUUUUUACCUAUGAUUGAUGAGGUUUUUAGAUCACUUGUCGAGACUACAAAAGAUAUUGCUGGAGCGAAAGUUGAGAACAACAGAUUCUGUGUUUCUGUACACUAUCGAAAUGUGGACGAGAAGAGUUGGGAUACAGUAGGGGAAUUGGUUACUGAGCUGUUAAAACAGUACCCUCGUCUGCAAUUGAAACAUGGUCGAAAGGUUUUAGAAGUCCGGCCAGUGCUCGACUGGGACAAGGGGAAAGCUGUUGAGUUCUUACUCGAAUCACUUGGGUUUAGUGGUAGUGAGGAUGUUCUCCCCAUAUACGUUGGAGAUGACCGUACAGAUGAAGAUGCAUUCAAGGUCUUGAGAGAGCAAAAUCGAGGCUUUGGCAUCUUGGUUUCUCCCGCGCCCAGGGAAAGCAAUGCUUUUUACUCUCUUCGGGAUCCAUCAGAGGUCAUGGAAUUCCUCAGGUGGUUAGUGACAUGGAAGAGGUCAUCAAGCACUCCAGUAUGAAAAAGAAUAAUCUGAUCUUUAGCAAUUUUACAAGAUUCUUUUAUUACUUCUUUGUUACGAUUUCAAUGGAAUGGUUAACACAAUGUUUUAUGAGCAGAGGUGCUUAAAUGAAAGCCUCUUGAGGUAGCGGGAAUAGCAAUACAUUGUUUCUCACUUUCUGAUCUAAGCUUCUGAGUGUAAAUUCUGUUUACUGUAUUCGCAGACUGGCACCAAGAAAGCCCAUUUUCCUGUGUAUUCGUCUUUUAUUUGAUUUAAUUUUUACUUAUUUAAUUAUUUCAUCUGCCA